UGAUGUGUUUCGUAAUGACAACAUCCGCAUAGGUGUUUCUGUGUGACUGGAAGUAAAGUACAACAAUGGAGAUGUAACUAUUUAUUCCGUAAUUUAGUACAACACCCAUUCAUGUUUGUCCCGCCUUGCGAAGUCGCCGAAAGGCUCGUUUUAAGGCAGCUCUGUAUGCGUCAGUAGGGUAGUUUAGCUAUACACUGCUGACGGCUUCCCUACAGUGCAAUGUUUACUGGGACACGGAUGAUGGAUUUCUCUUAUUAUGACUUAUUGCAGUAUUCGAUGAUCCUGUCGCUGAUCGUCUUACUAUUGGUUGUUGUCAUACUACAUGUCAGUGCUAAGACUGUAGAUCAGACUCGACAUGAGAAGGAGAAACACUUCUUGACUGCAGAUGGCAAGGAGGAGUCUUUUCCCAGUCUGAUGGACCCUCCAUCGCUGGAGCUGUCUGUGGUUGUUCCGUCAUACAACGAGGAACUCAGAUUGCCUGUUAUGAUGGAUGAAGCCAUGGACUACCUGGAGAAAAGACAGAAGAAGAAUCCAACAUUCACCUAUGAAGUUAUUGUGGUAGAUGAUGGCAGCAAAGACAAAACUACAGAGGUUGCCAUGAAAUACACAAAGAAGUAUGGAGCGCAAAAAGUGAGAGUUUUGACACUGGUGAAGAACCGUGGAAAAGGCGGUGCAGUGAGAAUGGGAACUCUAAGCUGUCGCGGACGGCUCAUUCUUAUGGCUGAUGCAGACGGAGCGACUAAAUUUGCAGACAUUGAAAAUGUUGAAGAAGGUCUUGAGAGCAUCAAUGAGAAGCCUGAUAACAUGGUGAUCUCCUGUGGUUCCAGAGCUCACCUGGAAAAAGAAUCAGUGGCUCAGCGGUCUCUGUUCCGAACGUUCCUGAUGUACGGAUUCCACUUCCUGGUGUGGUUCUUCUGUGUGAGAGGGAUUCAAGACACACAAUGUGGUUUUAAGCUCUUCACUCGUGAAGCUGCCUUGAAAACCUUCUCCAGUCUGCAUGUGGAACGCUGGGCUUUUGAUGUGGAGCUUCUCUUCAUUGCUCAGUGUUUUGAAAUCCCUGUAGUAGAAGUUGCUGUUAACUGGACAGAGAUCGAAGGGUCAAAGUUGGUGCCGUUCUGGAGUUGGCUACAGAUGGGUCGGGAUCUAGUUUUAAUCAGACUGCGUUACCUUACUGGUGCCUGGAGGCUGGAGUCUGAGAGAAAAACUCAGUAGCUCUUGUUACUGCUAGUGUGCUGUUCGUGAGCUAAAGGGGGCCAAUGGUUAAACUUACACCCCAUUGCCACAAAUGAGUGCACUGUGAACACAGUUGGUGAACAGCAUUGACAUUAUAUUAUGACUGACUGUGCCAUGACCACAUAAGGGGAUUGUCCUUUUGUUUUGUUUUUAUGUUAUACUGCCAUUUCCAUCUUUUGUUUUACAUACUGUAUUAAGUUUCGGUUUGAAAAAGAGGCAGAUGGUUCUUAGCCAAAUAAUAAUUAAAAAAAAAGUAUAAUCAGUUAGGGUUUCUGCAUAUGCAACUAAUUUGAAAAUGUUUCAUAGAAACAAAUGAAGGUAAAGGAUCAAAUAUAUAUAUAUAUAGUAUUUUUAUGUUUUUAAUUUUUUUGGUCAAUCAUGCUUAUUUGAAAAAAAAAAAAAGAUUUGAAUGCAGAACAUCAAAUAAUCAUUUCUGAGCAUGAUUUCCAUUUUUACAAGAAAUGAAAGUAGUGUACAUUUAACUGAAUGUUUAAUAUCAGUGCCUUCAAAUCCAUUUUUAACAAGCUCAUCCCAUUCAUAUAAGGUUUAAACACAGUUGACCGACUGAAAUGGUCAAUGGUCUGGCAUGUACUCAGUGCUUUUUUAAUGUGGUUUACUCAAUGGGCUGCUCUGCACCCUGGAGAGAGUAUCCUGUUUGCCCUCCCUUUCUCUCCACCAGGAAGGCAUUUGUUCUAAUUUAGCCCCUGUAUCUUGUCAGCCACUCUUAAGGGCAUUUUUCAAUAUUUUAUACUGACACAUUUUUUUUACAUCAGUGAUUUAAGAAGCUAUUGAUGUAUUGCAUUUUCCCCGCCCUAAAUAUAAUAGAGCCUCGUCAAUAACAUAAUAUGAUCUUGUUCAA